CAAUGUAACGUACAGAGCUGAGUUAACAGAUGUAGUUUUGAGCCACUCGUACUUAAAAUAUCGUGAUUCAUUCAAUUGAUGUACAUGCUUGUUGGGUAAUGUUAACGACGAAAAAAUGAUAAAGUUAUCAGGAAGACGUGUUCAAUGGAGAAUGGUUGAGAACCAAAUAAUAUUAAGUAUUUAGAUUACACAGGCUGAACUUAACAUUGUUUAAUAUUUUAAAUUGUAAGAAGCAUUGCUCCAAUCUUGGAAACAUAUAUAUAAACAUACAAUGUGCAUAAUGCACACUAUUCCUCAACUACGUUUCGGAUCUUAAAUAUCAUAACAAGACGCAUAAUAAAAAUAUGAUUUUGCGUCGUGUCAUUACUUUUUUAGCAAUUGGUAGCACUGUGUCACCGGGUGGAAUGGCGACCGCAGUACCGUCUCGUUUUGCCGUUCUUAGUAUUGACGACGACGAUUACAAGCCGAAAAAGGCUCAAAAACCGGCCGGUAAUGGGAAACCUAAUCCUAAGAACAAGCAAGACAAGCAAAAGCAACAGCCUAAAAAAGAAGAGAAGAAAAAACAGAACAAGGGAAAGAAGAAGAAGAAUAAUGAAGAUCAACAAUGGGAACAGUGGAAACAAAAGGAUUUGAUGGCUGUUGAGGAAACAUACGAGCAAGAGUUACAUCAGGCAAUUCUGCUGUCCCAGUUGACAUACGAGGCCCAAUUGGAGACAUUAGGGAAAUGUGACAAAGAUGCAGAGCAAUCUAAAAAGAGCCAAAGUAAUAAAAAGACAAAGAAGGCCACAAUGUCUUUAGAAGAGUUUAACAAUAUGGAUGUAAUUGCAACACAAAGCUCAGUACCACAGAUAGAGAACGUUGAUAAUAAACAAAAAGAGUUAGAUGCAGAGUUCUUCGAGAGAGUUGAGAAAGAAACCAAAGCAGAGAUUACAAAAGGCAAAGAAAAGGAUAUGCUGAAGGCAAGGUUGAACCAGUUUGACGAUGACAUAACUGCUGCUCAGCUCAGGGUGGAAUUGGAGAAGAGAGAUGAUCUAAUACAACAACUACGAGAUAAGGUUGAAGCGUUAAAGGUGGAGUUGACUCAGGUGAAGAAGAGGAACACAAAGCUUUAUCAAAUGUUAUCGCAGGGAGAAAUGAAAGACAAGGCGUCCGUUCUUGAGGAGGUAGCUGAACUUCAAGAUAUACGUGAUGAAUUGACUUCCGAAGUAGCUUCUCUUCAUGCUCAAUUGGAGCAGGAACGAUCGAAAACUCGUGCCUCCAAUGUCGAUCCAAAGGCCACCAAACAACCCAACAAGAGAAGGCCGAACAAUGAAAAUGCCUAAGUCACUGAUCUUUCACGAUAUAAGUAUGAUCAUAUUGUAAUUCAAAUAGUGUUAACUAUGUAUAACGUGAUAAAAAUUACCUAUUAUCCAUAUAACACAUUGGCUUACUAAGUUUCCACGUAGCAAAUGUGCAUUCAUUUUUUAAAAGACAUAAGUGAAUUUUUUUUUAUCCAACAACAUACAUUUCUAUUCUCAUAAAGAAUCUCAGGAAUAUUAAGAAUAUUGUAUUUGCGUUAAAAAUUUUCUAUCCGUGAUCAGAACAUCUGUUACGGAAAGUAAGCCAAUGGGUGUAAAAAGACUUCAGUAAGACUAUAAAGUAAGAUAUAAAAAGCAUAUUUCGUAUUACCACUGUGCACGUGCCACAGUUUAUAUAAAACAGUAUACGAGAGUGCUUCACCUUUGAUAAAAACUUUGUCAACUUCAGUGAAUUACUUUCUUGCAUUAUUCAUACUUCGUAGAGAAAAACUGUACCUUUCUAUAGACUUUCGGCACAAAAGUAUACUGAGUAAUUAAUUUCUUUACAUCGAUACCCUAAAUAGAGCAAGAUAAUAAUACUUGUCAAGAUAUAUAGAAUAGCUGGUUUUCUAAGAGGCUUGCUCCCACUUUGCAUAUUCUUAAGUUUUUCAUUUAACUAAUUAACAAACAAAUAGAUUUUCUUAGUUUUUUUUGUUUUGUUCAAUUUAAAUGUCCAUUAAAAAUUACAUAGUUAUCGUUAAUGCUCGGACUGGAAAGCUUGGCGACAUUGGAGCAUAAAAUUGUCUUUGUCCUACGCAGUGCUUCCGUCCGGGUUCAUUUUUAUCAAGAAAUAUUGCUUUAAAUAUUUUGUAAUAAACAUGUUCUACGCAA